AUGUCGGACAAAAUCACCGGCAAAAAUCUAUCAUACGACACAAAUAUCCCGCCAUUCCUGCGCGCUCUCCAAGCACAGGCGGCAGGAAACGGAGGCCCGGACGAGAUUCUCUCGAAAAGACGACGAGCAGGCAAGAAGCGCUCCGACAGUGAGGAGGCAGAGGACGCACCGCUUGUUGUGGAUGAUGAGGGCAACGUUGUCGAUGUACGGGUGGACAAGGAUGGCGCUGUGGAGGCGGAUGCCUUGAAGAAGGAUGAAGAGGAGGGCAAGGAGAAGGAUGCCGAGGGAGAGAAGAGAGAGACGGAGAAGAUUGCUGGGAUUGGGGCGAGUAAGAAGAGGAAGGCUGGCAAGGUUGUCGGCGGUGAUGCUAAUGAGGAUGCUGUCGUCAAUAAGAGCGCUGCGAGGGACGAGAAGAACGAGGGCGUUGACGAUGGCGCUAAGAAGAAGGCUGGUAAGAAGAAGGGGAAGAAGAUCAAGCUUAGUUUCGACCCGGAAUGA